GCUGUACUGGCAGGUGAUAAAUUUUGCCAGCCGCGGUUCGCGUCGAGUGCUAGGCCUAGCGAGCUGUUUAAAAAUGUGAACUGGUUUGAAUUCAUGACGCGGGACCGCAACCAAAACAAAGCAUGUCCCACAAACAUAUACGAGAGGAAGGUAAAAUAAAUUCCUCUAAUAAAAAUCUACCUGUGGUGUCCAAGUGCCUAGCUAUUGUUUUGAUUCCUAAAACAAGAAGAAAUUCAAGUGAUAAUGUGGAUAAUGAUGAAACUCACAUCGACUCUUCUGAUGGAAAUGUUGUUCAAUCUUCAGAAGUACAGAAAGCUCUUUCGCCUAGUGGAUACAAUGGCAAAGAGCUACUGCAGGAUUUCAAAAUUAGGAAUAAAACUUGUUACUGGAAUCCUUCACUCGUGGAAAGUAUCAAAAGUUUGGAGUACAAAGGAUUUGUGGAACCUUCAACUAUCUUAGUAACUGGGGGAGAUAUUCAUCUCGAAAAUCUCCGUUCGGCAUGGGGAAGAAGAGUUCUCAAAGCCCCUGCUGGAUUUACUAUUGAAAGAAUAGGUGAUGUGAACGGAAUUCAGAUGCAGGUGAUACCCCAGACACAGUUCAUGCCCCUACCUGAUGCACUAUGUAGCAUCAUCAUGGAUUUAAACAUGCGCAGGAUCAUGGCGACACUGGAUGUCAUACAGGAAAAGCUGAGCCAAUGGUACAAGGAUAUGACAGUUCCUUCAGAGAACCUGGUCUUUGAGACUUUAGGGAAUCUCAUUAAGGAGCGCAAAGUUUUUCAUACAGGCAGUGGCUACUUUGUUGUUACCCCAGACACCAACAGGUUACAGAACAGCAACUCAUCUUAUCUACCAACCAAUGCAUCAUGGCUGCCAUAUCAUCCCAUGUAUGUUCCAGUCUUUCAAGGCCAGAUAGGUCAACAACCUCCAAUGCUGCCCUCCAGGGCCCACAUGCGCUCAAUAUCUUGCCAGGUGACCACCAUAGAAGAAUCCUCAGAAGAAGAGGACAUCAAGGAUAAAAUCAGAGCUGGUUCUUCUGGUAAAAGCUCACGCACCAGCAGUUUAGCUAGAAACAACAAUGCUAAAGAAGACAAAAAAAUCUAUAGGAAUCUGAAGGUAGAAAAGGGAACAUUGGAUGACAUAGCAGAGUUAAAGCGCUCGUCAUCCAUCAAGUACAAGGGAGAGAAGGGGAAAGCAGUCAAGGACAUCAAUCUUAAAUCUAGCAACAUCAACCAAGAAAAAGAAAAAGGUGAAAAGACUUCCCUAUUCUCAAAGAUUUUUGGUAGAAAGAAGAAAGAUAAAGACAGGGACAAAGCUCUGAUGCCACCCCCACCUCCUCCACCCCAUUUACCCCCUCCUCCACCAGCAUCUUCCACUGCCACUGUUCACUCUGACGCUCGCAGCGAUGUUACUGAGCCCAAAGAGAAGGAAUACGCAACAUUCUCAGCCCAGUUCCCUCCACCAGAGUGGCUCUGGUACCAGCAGCAACUUGAGAAACAGAAGCGCACAGAGACCUGGGUCACUGACGUUACCCAACAGGUCACCAAAGUCACUGUGAUGCCACCGCCGCCUAAGGUCACCGCUCGACCACCAACCGGUGCACGCUUCCAUUCCUCAAAUGACCACCACUACCACAAUCCUAAAAAAGUCUUCUCCGCACUCAGCCAGCAGGAAAAUGUGGACUAUGUGGCCAUGAAUGGCAUCAAAACCAAGAGAACUGUAGAGCCUCCUCUUCACUCUGUGGAGUUUUUGAAACCACGUCCAAUGAAAUCAGACCAUCUCUAUGACAGCUACAGAAACCCUACCAAGCAUCGGCAUCACUCUCUGAGGAAACAUGUCGAGGAUAAAAGGUCCCAUAGGCAAUCAGAGUACGACGUCAUUGACCAGGCAGAUGUGACUCCCCUUCAUGAAUCCAACGUCUACCACUCGGUGUCUGCUCUCUCACCUGUAGCUCACCUCAGUGAUGAGAGCACCUACGCUAAAUUAGUUGAACAGCCUAAGCUUGGCCCUCUACACUCAACGCCUCGUUAUGAAGGCCAAAAUGACAGGACAGCUUAUAGGGUUGAGGGUCAUGAAGCUAGGGAUAGAAUUUAUGGUCCACCGGAUGUUUCUCAGAAACGAAAGUCUCACAGAUCAAGGCGACGCCAACAAAGGAUUUAUAGUUACUAUGGUCAAGGGGAUGAUAUUAGUUAUGAGUACAAGGGACGCCUUCCAAAUAAAAAUUCAUCGAAUCUUCAGUCAAGGGAUAGUGGUGUUAACUGUGUAGGUCUGGGUGUGGCUGAGGACAAGAGGCAUAUCAUGCCAGUCUAUGAGAACACUCCAGUCUCCAAUAAGCAUCACAACGGCCCUGUGGCCAACAGAAACCCUUACAACCCGUCCAGCAAUCGUGUACAUUUUGAAGAGAAUGACACCACAAAUGAUCUCAAUCCUCGGUAUAUGACCGACCCCGCCUUGUGUUCGGUUGUUUAUCAAAGUGACGUGACAAACAUGGCUUACAAUUCCGUGGUGUAUGGUAACAGUGUAUCUGAGCAAGUGGGAGGCCCCUCUGUUAUGUAUCACACCAUCACCAAUUCUAACUUGGAGGUAUCAGAAAUGCCUCCACAUCACAGAUACAUUCAAAAUGGCUUACAUGAUGAUAGUAGCAUGGCAGGCCCUCCCCCCAAGGUCAUCACAUUUAGAGCUGAAAUUAACCCUAAUGCACCAACAGAAGACCAGUUGGUCAACACAGAAUCUAUAGUGGAUGUUGGUUCUCCGCCUAGAAGGGAAAUAUCAGGUUGUUCUGCUGGUGUCAUAGAGUUGGCAGCAGUUGAUCGCUCAGAGGAUAAUCUGGGUGAUGAAAAUGGUGAUGGAGAAAAUGAUGAGGAUGAUUAUAGUGAUGAGAACUGUACUGAGAGUGAACAUGAAAGUGAUGAGGAUGAUAAAGUAUUCAACAAACGAGAAGACUUUGUACAGAACCGAGUGAUUCAGGAGCUUCAAGCUGAAGCAAAGGCCAGUGACGUUGCACAAAGACCUGAUGCAGCAGUAGGGCUAGACAACGUUGUGCUGGACAGUGGCUUCAGUUCUCCCAGAAAUCCUGAGGCUGACAAGAAAACUCCUGGACAUUGCAACUCUGCCAGUGAUGGUCAGAAUUAUACAAACAACAGCGACAGUGCACCUCAAGAGAGCAACAGCAACAAUACCCAUCAGAGUAACUCACUAGACACAAAUGGUAGCACGGGGCAGCAUACCAACAGUGACAUCAACAUGGCUACCAGCAGUGAUCACAACAGUGGUUCUGUGGCUGAAAGUGGAGACAGCAACCCAAAACCAGUGCCUUCUGCAAUGGACAACUUUGAUUCAAAUAUGUGUAAACCAGUAUCCCGAGUCAAACAAAGCCAUUCAUGUAAUUCUAUCAAAUCACAGUCGCAACUACCUCAUCAUUCUCAACAGCACCUGUACAACCAUCAUCAAACACAUCAACACCAAGUUUUCAUUCACCCUUACCAGCCAGCUGCUAAAAUAGUAACUCAUCCAGAUGUAUAUAAUAACAACACAUCCAAUGCCUUGUAUAUAGAUCAAAGCCGUCCAUCACGUGUUCCCCUACAUCCUAAUGUUGUGCUCAAUAAUCAAAAACCCAAAACAAAACGUGUAGAGCGGCCUCGCUCAGUUGACCUUUGGAAAUCAAAAACUCCUAAUGAUCUUCAUAGAUUUGAAGAGGAACAACUUUCUAAGAAAUAUGGUGUUAAUGGAGAGUUUGAAGUUAUGGGGGUGUUAUAGCUGUAUUUAGAUGAUUGAUUCAUUGGAUUAUGUAGUUGUGUAGAUUUCAUGGAUACUUGUGAUGCUGGUGCUAUCAUCACAUUUUAAAAUAUAUUUUAGACAACUUUACAAUUUCUAUUGAAAGCAGCUCAUCUUACGUGUGAUAAACUUGUAUGUGUAUGUCAUGUUUUUGUCAAUGGUACAUUUUAUUUACUAAUAUUUGAAACACCAAUAUCUAACCCCAAAUGUGCAGAGACAUUUUAAUUAUUUGGGAUUUAUUUAGACUGAACACACACAAAUUCUUUGCUGUACAAUCUUAAGUAUUUAUAUUAUAUGACUUUUAACUUCUUAUAUAAUUGUUUGAGCAAAAACAAGGUAAAACUGAGCUUUUUAAAAUGUAUGUAAUUACGAAUGCAUUAUAAUUUGAUAUAAUUUUUUGUAAAUUUUGUUUGGUUAUUUAAAAAAAAAAAUUCCUUCAAGUCUCCAUACAAUUUGAAUUCUUUAUGAACUUAUUAAACAUCCCUUAUUUUAAAAUUGAAAAGUUAACUUAGAAUAAAAGUGAAAGAUCACUAGAAGGUACCUCCUGAAUCAUUAAGAUUAACCAUUGCUUUCAAUUGUUAUGUGCAUUGGGUGUUAUAUAUACUUACUUCUUAUUCUAUAAAUAUUGUUGAAUUUGUUUAUUGUAAAUCAUGCCAGUUCUUGAAAAAGAUGAUCAAUUGUAGUUUCUUUUGGUUUUAAAUAAUUAGCAACAAAUAAAAUACUUUUUAAAAAUAUUUUUUACACAGCAGGUAAAAAAGUGUUGAUGAAUGUAUCUUGCUUGAUUGUAUGCAUUUUCACAACUGCAUGUUUAAUGAAUUAUUGGUUUCCAGGAAGCUUUCAGUAUUUUUAUUUGAAUAUGAACAAGCAAAAAUAAAACUUUUUAUUAAACUUCCUUUCAAAUCUUUUUUUUUUAAAUUUAUUCUUCAGCCUUAUUCUUUCUAUACAAAGCUUAAAUUACAUCUGUUUAUUAUCUAAUGAUACCCCAUUCAAAACAUUUUAGCAGAUGUUGUAUACAAACAUUGCAGUCAUUUUAAAAUUCUGAUGUGUUUUAAACUAUUUCAUCUCAAUAUCCCUUGAAGUAGCAAAAUAUCAAUCAAGUUGUAAAUAAAAUGUUUGAAAUUUUAUUUUUAACAUGUUUAUAAUUAUUACCAAAAAGAUUGGAAGCUUGAUCAAAGAAUGUGAAUUUGCCCAAAAAUUAUAGGGGAAAAAAGCAAAAGUAAUUUAAGCCUCUGUCAAAACUUUUAAAGAACAAAACUUGUAUUCAAUCAUCAUUAGAACUUCCAGUAUGUAUUUGUUUUGAUGUUUGCUAGUUACCAACCAUUUGCAAGUGUAUGAAAUAGAUGUUGACAAAACAAUUUUAAUUUUUGGCCAUUAUCAAAAGGAUAUGGUUUUGAGAGACAAUAGCUGA